GGCGUCCGUCGCUGUCAAAUCGAAUUAGCGUUUUGAGUUACGAUUCGCGAAUAUUUCACGAGAAAAAGCUUUUUGCUGAAUUAGUUUCGCGUUAUUACAUUGAUUUGUUAACGUCACAAGUGAUAUCGAACACGAAACGAAGCUUGGGACUCAAUAACUUAGCUCGGUCGGAGUUAUCCUGCAGUCAUAGCAGGGGGACAGACAUCUAUUUUUGUUUUGUAGCCCAGUUUUAAUGUAAAUAUUGUUUUUACUGUCGCAAUGCUGCAGCGGUCUGGUUUUCAUUUUUUUCAUUUGCAUCCAGCCAGUUAACCGUUGGACCGGAAAGUUGCGAUUCUAUGCUGAAACUCUUUCGAAAUAUUUCGCCAGUGCUUCAAAAACAUUCAGUCCAAAAUGAGAUCGAUAGCGAAAACACGAGUGUUCUAUUAAAAAGUAAACAAAAAAAAGUUUAGUGUCAGUGCAAAUUCAAAAUUCAAAUUUGGAAUUUUCUAAAUUGAAUAACUAGUGAAGUGCAUUGUGUUAAAAUUGGAUAAAAAAAUAACUAAAUGGCAUUUUUGAAAGUGAAAUUGCUAUAUUUUAGUGUUUACCGACCAUGAGAAGGGUGUUCGGCGUAUGCUCCGAUGGAUGGAUGCUCUGUGGUCACAAUGUGAGCAGUUAGACCUAGCGGCAUAGAUGUUGUCUGGCUCCCCUCACGGUUCGGUGAUGUCGUGUCAGUCGCUCGCAGCGCGGGCGUUCGCCGAGCCGGAGCGAGACAGCAUGACGCACAGCGCAGGCUUCCACAGAUCAGUCAGAUUCAGCUCGGAGUCAAGGAGUUCAACCAGAGCGUCCACCGAGCAAGAAUGUAAGCGAGAAACACCUGGCUCAAUAUCCCUGACGGCGUUGACCAUGACGCCGGUGACGUCACAGACAUCAGCCAUGAGCCAGUCGGCGCCGCCCGCGUCUGCUACCUUCGAUUUGACUGACAACCCCGCGCCGCCGCCUUCCUGUCGUUUCCCGAAACUAGAAGAGUGCGCUCAUUUCCACUACGAGAGGGUGUCGCUCGGAGGACUGAGCAUCGAGACCGUGCCUUGCGAGGACUCCGACCCGGGGGAAGGUUGGAUCUGCCUCAAAGUGCGUUCGCACGUGACGUCAUCGGACGAGUCGGCGCGACCUCUAUCGACAAGCUGGAGCGCUUCCGGUGACGUCUGCGAAUGGACCCUCACACGCAGUCGCACGCACUUCCGGCAACUCGACACUAUGCUGCACAGAUGCAUAUACGACCGCAAAGUGUCCGGCCUCCCCAACCUGUCCGAGGAGCUUUCGAGCGAGGACGACGAGCACUACCACCGGCUCAUAGCGCACUACGCGCACCACCUGUCCAUCAUCGCCGACGACUCGCUCAACUGCGGGCCCGUGCUCAACUGGCUGCAGAUGGACAAUAAGGGUGAGGACCUUAACGUUAUUGGAAUAGGAGCGAUACUCGCACGGUCUACCAAGCGGAGGCAGCGAUACCUCUUGGCUAUCUCUGGGCGCCUGAUACUUUGUGUCUAGAAUAGGGGCGAUAUU